AAAAAAAAUGUUAACGGGAUAUCGCGAAGGCAACUGGUCACACCGACGGCCACAUCAAAAUCUGGGGGUCUAGCGUGUGACCCUGUUAUUUCUAUUCUGCAAUAAAAUAGCUGUGUAAUCUAAGAUAAGCCUUACGCCAUUAAAAUAGUGAUAAAGUGGAAAUUCUAGUGCAAUUUAUGUGGAAAAUAUGGAACGUGCUACAGGAACAGAAGUCUACGGGUGUGGCUCGCCUCAAACUACGGACAUAACGCUGAAUAUACAAACUACAACGGGUGGUAACUUUUCAAUCAGCUUGAACGGUAAAAAUACAGUGGAGCAUCUGAAGAAACUAGUGUCCAAGAAAUUAAAAGUGUCAAAAGAUCGGAUAUGCCUCCUGCAUCGCGAAAGACAACUGAGGGAUGGCACUCUCGAAGAAAAUGGCCUGUUGGACGGAUCGCGAGUUAUUCUGCUGCCGAGCGUCGAGACAGGCCUCUUGAGUCAAAGACCUGAGAAUUCUGUGAUGCAAGCAUUAGAAUCCUUAAAUGACACACAAGUUAAUGAUUUCUUGAGUGGGAAGUCUCCUUUAAAUUUAACCAUGAGGCUGGGUGAUCAUAUGAUGCUGAUUCAACUUCAACUAUCAACAUUGAACUCUAGUUCUUCAGGAGGUUCCCGAUCCCUACGCACAUCUACUCCCACUAAAAGCUCAUCCUCCAGCCGCACCAAGUGUGAUGCCCGAGAAACAUCCUGCCCUCAGAGCGCCCCACAGAAACCUUCAGAAACUGAUGAUGCAUUUGAAGAUAGCAACAAAACAAAACAAGAAAGCAGUACUCAUGUAUUACAAAAACAAGAUUUGGAAAUGAUACAAAAUGCUUUUGAUUUAUAUAGAUCAAUGGCAGAAGAGAAAUAUGCUGAAAAGUCUGAAUCUUGUGAUGAAAAGGAAGAAUCAAUGGACACCACAAACUGUACUCUCUCAGAUCUGUCUAACACAUCUUUAGAGAAUGAACAAUCUCCAAUCAAAUCAUUAUCUAAUUUGGUGUCUAGUCCUAUUGAUGCAUCUACACCUGAAAGUAGAGAGGCUGCCCUUGUAAACACUGUAAAAAAUAAUUUAAUAGAUUUAUUAUCGCAAAGUAAACUUAGUAGUGAAGUGAUCCCUUCUACAAGUGCCAUUUGUGACCAACCAUGUCCAUCUACAUCCUCCCUGACUCCAGACAGUUCCCUAAGUGAUGACAGUGACAACUUUACUGAUCAAAGUUCAUUUCUUGCUGAGAGCACUAUUGAUGAGUAUCCUAUGGAAAAUCUUUUUAAUAGUGCAGUUGACAAAGGUCUCUUUGAAGAACAAGAUGAGUCAAUGAUGGACAGGGAGAUAUCAAAUUUGGCUACAACUAGUCAUGGGGUCCAAGAAACUACAGCAGGGCCGUUGCCUUCCUUCCAAAGCAUAAAUGAACCAUUAAAGAAUAAGCGCUUCCAAUAUUUACUUCAUAAAACUUCAAAGUUUAAACAUCCUAUUGGUCAAAAUAAACAGAAAGCUUUCAUGCAAUCUGUAGUGAAUAAACAUAAAAAGAGAAUGCAGAUAAGACAAGAUAGCAAUACUGCACAACCUUCCACAUCUCGUACAGAUCCAUACAUAACAAAUUCUAGAAAACUAAUCCUCCAACCUAGUAGUGGACAGACUGAUGAUGAUGCUGUACCUUCAACUUCUAAACAAAUACCAUUUAAAGCACCAGUUGCACCUAAAAAACCUCAGAGAGCCUCACCUACACCGCCUGUUGACACAAAAGCUCUUAUAGAAGCUUCAAAAAAUUUAACUCAAAAACUUAAGAAACUAUCAAAGGAGGUUCUGACUAACAAAAUUGCUUUGCGGACUGCUGAGGAGGCAGUGCGCACGAAGAUAGGCCCUGGAGCAGUGAUAGAGUCCAUGAAGCAUCAUGGCAAAGGAAUAUAUUCAGGAACAUUUUCGGGCACUCUUAAUCCAGCAUUGCAAGACAGAUAUGGCAGACCAAAGAGGGACAUUUCCACUAUCAUACACAUACUGAAUGACUUAUUGUGUGCCACACCACCAAUUGCUCUAGCUUCGAAGGAAUCCAAACACUCAUGCUCAGCAAGCAGUAUGGAUGAGUCCAACAAGUGUGUGGGUUGCAGUCAUGCAUCCUGCUCGUAUGGGCAAUGUGAUGGCCACCUGCCGUCCACUUCCGCGGCCGGGGCGAAGCCCUGCACCUGCGAUCAUACCGAAUGCCAGUGCAGCAGAUUACACCCCAGCAAUUGCACUGCCUGUGCUGGAAAAUCCACAACGGGGGAAACCUGCAAGAAAUGUGAUACAGCAAAAACCUUAGCUAUGGAAAACUCCAAAACCAAAUGCAAACUGGAACAACUAAGGCUCGUGAUGCAACAAAAGAAACAGAGACGUGAAGCGAGAAAAUUAAAGACUCUCCCUUAUACAAGCGCACCGCCUAAAUCUCUCUCGUCCCCGGAGCAAACCACCCCCAUACAGGAAGAGAUAGAGACGGUUGCUUAACACGCGUUUAUAUUUUAAUUUACGUAAGAACCGCGCCUUAAACUUGAGCCUUAACGGUACGCCGCCAUUUUGACGUUACUUUUGUAUGGUAAUAACCCUCACGGAAUUGUGGACAACAUGAUGGCAUAACGUUAACACGCAAAUAUUUACAUACUUUGUGCGUUGGCCAAUUGGAGAUAUUUUGUUAUGAAUAAAUUUGGUCCUGCUUAAAUAUAUUGAAGUGGGGAAACCGUCUCCAGUUGACGAAUGCUUACUUACUAUGUAAUGGCUAAUUGCAUAUUCUCAUUUGACACAAUGCCUUUUGAAAUGCGAGUGUAAUGGCUUUUAUAAUUUAUGAUAAAUGUGAAUAUAUUCUAGUGGAAUUCUGUCCCACAAUUUGAAAGAUUAAGACUGACUUUCACAUCCUUGUGGCAGUGAAAUAUAUAAGCAUAUGAUGAUGCUAGACAUCUGAGUUCGGUGCAUAUACAAGACAUCUAAAAUGUUUUGGAUUGUGUGUGUGUGAAUAAGAGGUAAUGCGUCAGGGGUGGACGGCUUAAAAUAUAUUCAAAAUUACCAUUUGACUAUGUUCAGUUUGUAGACGUAAUAUUAUUAAGUGCUAUUAUACGCAUGUACAAAAUGAUACAACAUAAAAUAGCAAAAUCAAUAGUAUAAAUAGAUAUAGUAACCAGAUAAGGUCCGUUUUAUAGUUGCCUGGUGCGGCUCCAAAUUAAUUUUUUGUUGUUAUAUUUUAGAGUAUAUUUUAUUAUACAUAUUAUUGGUUCAGUCAAGUUUUAGACUUUCUUAUACCUA